AUGUCGAACAUACCAGGAGAUAUUCAACUUCCCGGUUUGUCCAAUAUCCAGAACAGAAGUGAGCACGUCCCCGAUCUUGUACAGUUCUUCCAAGCACAGGAUUCCUUGUCGAACACAUCUUCGCAAUCUGGUAGCGCUCGGGAUAUCUUAAAAGCAGGCCAACGACGCCUGCGGCAGCUAGCUCAACGUCCCAAAAGGACAACAGACCCUCACACCAAAGCCGAAGAAGCGUCUCGCCAGCUACUAGCGCUUCAGCAGGAGGGAUUCCUGCCUGAUUCUCUCACUCUCCCAAAGCCCAAGAAAUCUGCUCCCAAGCAAAGUAUUGACUCCACAGUAUCCUCUACCAGAUCUGCUUCCGAUCUCAGCUUUCAAGCAAGUUCCAGAAGAGACGUGGAAAGCAUUGGACGGCCAUGGCUGGAAGAUUCGCUUGAAAAAUAUGAAAUGAAAGGAGGUCGUCUGUCAUCGCUUGAUCUACGAGAGAUUACGUCCCUGGUCGGCGCUGCGUUGCCUCGACCCCCUCAAUUUGAGGACGUGACCCCUCCGCCUUACCAGGCUUCAACCGACCAUGAUUCGCAAGGAAAAUCUUCCCAUCCCUCAACUGGUCAUGGCUCAAAUUCUACGCCUAGUGAGCCACUGGAUGAGAUAGAAGCCUUGCCGAAAGUUCCGGAAAUACCAGACCGAACGAGCAGUCAACCCCCUGAGAUGUCGACCAGCACUUUGGACAACAAGCAACAGUCGAGUCACGAGCAACCAGCGGAAGCCAAGCCAGCAGGAGCCAAAGAUGCCCCCGAAGCAGCGGACAGCAAGUCAUCAUCAGCUGGUACAUCCAACGCCAUGCAGAGCCAUUCGCUGAAGCUUUUCCCCGACACUGUGCCUCCACGUAUGCCUAAUAAAGGAGCCUGGCGCAUAUCGAACGGUUGCCCACCCCCGUCUCUCAGAUCCUUACCAACCAAAUCAGCGCAGCGAGGUUCUUCGGCUCAAUCGAAUGAUAAAAACACUAAGCCUUCAUCUAGCACCCAGAGUUGUGACGCUGGCCUUGAAAAUCUCGGAUGUGUGGACCAAAUGCCGCCAGCGCAACCGACGGAUCUAGGCAGAAAUAAUGGGACAAGCCAAGAACAUGCAAAAAGGCCGCUGGCUAGAAACGGCCGCCGUCCGGCAUCCUUGCCCAUGGGCGCAAUAGAUGCAUUCCCUCUACCGGCACCUAUGAGACCUCUGCCUGCGUUACCGGAAGCAGUUCCAGGGAUUCGUCCUAGUUACGGACAAGACACUAUUGCCGGUAGAAGAGGUCUCCGUGCCAACCAACAAGAGCAGGACCCUCAGUUACCAUCAUGUUCUACAGAAGAAGGAUCCAUGGGCAGUGGUGCAAGGAGAGAUAAUCAUGGAUCAAUGAACGGUCGGGCUACACCAAGUGUUAGCAUACCUGAGACAGCAAUGGACGGAGGGAUCAAAUCUGCUAGGGCGGGUACCACGUCUGUGAGAGCCAGUAAAAGCCGAGCCGAUAGGGUUCGUGCGCUGAAGAAGAAAGAUAUGUCAGCGAGUCGAAUUUAUUUGCAAGACUCAGACGAUCGCCCUUCGGAAGAAGGUCGGCAGUCUUUUUCAAGGCUCUCUCACAGGGCCUCAUCCGAAAAGUAUGAUGGGACGACAGCUGCUUCACGCUGCACCGACGAGGGAGUUAGGAGUCAAUACGGAAGGGGAUCUCCAGAUACCCAAUUGUUUACUCCUUCCUCUUAUGGCUCGAAAUUUCCUGGGCAAUCCACUGAAGCUCAUGCUAUUAGCACGCGAAAAGGUAGCUCACUCGGUUAUAUUGACGCUAUAUCAUUGAUGAACACUCAGGAACCGUCGUCACUACCUGCUUCAGCAAGGAAUUCUCAGGUCUAUCCAAGCGGUGGGACACGAAGCACAAGCGUCCUCAGUGAAAGGGUAGCUAAUGACGUGGAUCCUCACGGGCGCUCUGAGACCCCUCUCCCCUCUUCGGAAGAUGAAGGCAUGGAUGUUGGUAUGCGCAAGCAACAGGCACACCCCCCUUCCAGUAGGCGACGGCGACCAAAGCUGGCACCCAUUAACGUUGAUGAGUCUGCCACACGCAAAACGCGUCAUAUGAAGAAGCCAUCGUCAUGCGACCACUCCAGGCCCAGAACCCCCAGAAACCGCAGAAGCCAUGGCCUGGAGAAAGCUUCCUCGCAAUCACCACAUUUGCAGGAUAGCUAUUACUAUCACGAAACGCGAGGCGGUCGCCAUCGGCCUUCUUACGUUCGAGAGCUCGAAAAGCGCAUUGCACAUCUCGAGCACCAAAACAGAACACUACAAGCUGCUCUUCUUGGCGCUCUCGGUGUAGGAGGUAAACAGAACGUAGAAGGCCUUCUCGGUGGAUCAUCCACCUCCCUCUCUACUCCACCUACAAGUAGAUCUUUCUCAUCUAUGACAAACUCUUCGUCCAGCCCAGAUUCCCAUGUCAUGAGGAAUGAGCGGCAUGCGCACAGACGCCAGCCUCCGUACCAUCCAGAGACUUGGAUUGCCAGCCCAGGCUCCAGCCGACGCAGUAGCUACGGUUCGGAAGAAAGUGCUGACAUUCAGGAGUUGGAAAGUAUAAUUGAGGACUUCGAUUUUGGCUGGGAGUCGGAUUCCGAAAGAACACAACAGCUCGGGAUGAGGGCUUGA